GAUUCGACCUAGAUAAGAAAUCAUUGUAAAUACAGAAGCAAGGAAGAACGCGUUUGACCCAGGCUAUAUUUAUACCUUUUGGCUGCACAGUGAUACUGAAUUGGUGUCAUUUUGAGGACGUUUAUGAUAGCGUAAUUGUAAAAUGAAGCUGAUGAAGACUGGGCAUAACGUUGCAGAUAUUGCGUUACUAAAUGUCCAACCGAACUUCUUUGACGAGGCAGGUCCAAUUAUGAUCUACAUCGUCGUUGUACUUAUUAUACUUGCUGUUAUUAUUUGGUUGCUUUACGUUGGUUGCAUAAGGGACAGCAAUGUUAUAAGGAACUUUGAUGGCAAUGUCGCAGAAAGGAGUAGUUUGUUGAAAAAGAAUGAACGUAAAGAAUUUCCAACAAAAAAUAGAAAUUACUCCAAUUUAGACCAGGAAAUUCAAGCUAAAAUGAAGCACACAGCUUAAAGUGACAUUAACAUUGUAUAAUCUUUAUUGCGCACCCACAUACACAUAUUGUUAAUGUUUCUGUGUAUUUUUAAAUGCAUUUUUGAUUUUAUCGAUAAAUAUAUUCAAAGUAUUUCGAUUUGUCAAAAUAAAUCCAUUUGCAUAAACAAAACUUGGUCGUAUCCGAUAUAAACUGCAUACAAAUGGUUUGGCGGGAAAACUGAUGUGUACAUACUAUAUUGCAAAUGAAUAGCUGUUUACGUAAGAUACAGUUUAGGUUUCUUACAUGUAAUUACUGCAGAACAUAACUAGUAAAUAUGAGCAAUAGUAAACCAUCUUUUCGAUACGGUCACUCCGAAGGUCGAACUGAAGUUUGCUACGACCAUUCUGGAAAACAUCUUGUUUCUUGUGGUUUUGAUGGAAAUGUGAAAAUUUGGAAAUCUAUUAAAGAUGAUAAUCCAACUAAUAUAAAUGCAGGGGAACGUGUCUAUAGUAUUGGAAUUAAGGGCAAAACUUUGUUCUCUGCAUCUGAUGAAAAUUCUGUCGAUAAAUUUUCAUUACCCGAUGGUUCACCUGAUGGUUGUCUUGUUCGUUUCACUGGAACUGUCACCCAUCUUUCUGUGUCAGAAACAAGAAAACUGGUGGCAGCUGGAUCAAGUGAUUUUGACAUCAAGACAAUUGACGUGGAAACUGGGAAACAAAAGUCGUAUCUCGGACAUCAAGCUCCGAUAUUAAGUGUGGCAGUUGAUCCUAUGGAUGAAUACUUGGCCUCAUCAAGCUGCGAUGGAAACUUGAAGAUUUGGACUCUAAAAGACGCGAAAUGUGUCAAAACUUUGCAAAUAAUUAGUCGUUCAAAUGAUGUUGGAAACUCGCAAACUUUGUCCAAAAUUUCAUGGAGACCAGUAACUGGUGAAGACAUUGCGGUCCCAACUGAAACUGGAGUCAAAAUAUUCAACAGAGUAACAUGGGUGUUGCUGCAAACGUUGACCAGUGAUGUCACGUCAACGGCUUACCAAUGCUGCAGCUUCUCCCAAUGUGGUCGAUUCUUAGCAGCCGCAUCAGCUGAUGGGUGGAUAGUUGUGUGGGAUACUGAAACACAACUAACUGUUCGAAAAAUACAACAUCCACUUAAAUCCUGCAUCUCAUCCAUCGCGUGGAAUCCUCAGCAAAAUAAUUGCGUCGCAUUUUCCGACACCAGAGGUCAGAUUGGAGUUCUUGAAGACGUCGUAGAAAGUGAAGAACCAACGAAACCAAGAAGAGACGAGGAUGAUUUGGAUGCUUUGUUUGAUGAGGAAGAUGACAACAUGAUGGUGGACAUGAUGGCAGAUGAAGAUGAUAAACCACAAACGAAAAGUGAUGUUCCAGAACUUCCGAAACGAAACAAACCGAAUAUAUUUGAUGACGAUGACGACCAAGAUGAUGUUAAUAACAAGAAUGCUACACAGGAGUCAGAUUUACCUCCCAUCCCAUGCACACUUGAUGUGUUCACCACGGACACGGAUGUUGAUCUUGCUCCUCCCACCAUCCUCCCAUCUCUUCCCAUAGAAACAAAAUACACACUUGAAGACGACGCAUCAUCGGUUGCCACGGCAACUGUCACGGCACCCACCAACUUUCAACCUAGUUCCAUGCAACCUCCAUUCCAACCAACCUCAACACCAACACAUCUAUCUCACAGAUUCAUGGUAUGGAACGCUGUUGGUGUGAUUCGAUCAUACACUGAUGUUACUGAGAGCGCAAUUGAUGUUGAAUUCCAUGAUACGCAAACACAUCAUGCUCUGCAUCUUCCUAACCAUGAUCAAUACACCAUGGCUGAUCUAUCAGUACAAGCUGUUGUGUUGGCUGCUGAGUCUUCUGUUGAUGCAGCAAGCAAAUUGAAGUGUGUUCACUUUUCAUCUUGGGACAACAACAAGGAAUGGGUGAUUGAAAUGCCGGAUGGUGAAGAAAUACAAGCUGUUACCACUGGUGAUGGGUGGAUAGCUGUGUGCACUGACGCAUUACAAGUCCGUUUCUUCUCACUAGGUGGCAUACAGAGGCAGAUUCUGAGCAUUCCCGGCAAUGUGGUUGCCAUGGCAGCUAACAUGGACCAGUUGCUUGUGGUCUACCAUAUUACCCAAGGUUUUGGCAAAAACCAAUGCUUGGGGUUCAUGUUACUUGGUGGGGUCAGUAGUGGGUCCAAACCCCGUAGCAUCGUUGGGGGUUCACCCUUACCCAUAUCCCAGGGGUCCAAACUUGAGUGGGUGGGGUUUACUGCCGAAGGUACCCCAGCUACUGUUGAUACCCUCGGUGUAGUUCGAAUGAUAAAUAGAAGUUUCUGUCAGACGUGGACAACGGUGGUGAAACUAAAAAGCAUUACCAAAUCUCGCCACGAUCACUGCUGGGUUGUCGGUCUGCAUGAAAACCCACAACAGAUCCGAUAUAUUCAAUGCAAAGGAUCAAUUUACCCUUCAACACUACCGAGACCUACCAUGGCAGUUGCUCAUUACAAAAUACCACUGUGUGAGCCAGAGAGUGACAAGGCAAAAUAUGAAGAAGAAUAUUGGAGGACAAAGAUCUUCUCAUCCCACAGAGAGUACCUCACAUCACGAGGAUAUGAAACGGAUGGUGGCGAGAAACAAAAGAGUGAUCUAGUCGUACAACAAACUCUCAUGCGGCUAUUUGCUCUUUGCUGCAAAAGUGACGCAGAGUACCAAGCAUUUGAUGUUUGCUCCAUGAUGCCAAGCUCUGCCUCCAUGUCCCUUGCCAUCAAAUAUUCCUCCAGGAUCAGAAAGAUCAUGCUCGCACAGAGAUUGAGCGAGGUUUGCCAAGAAAAAGUCCAGGAAGAGCAAGAAGCAAUAUUAAAACAACAACGCAAAGUUAUGCAGAUGGUGGAGAGCGAUGAUGAGGAAGAGGAAGAAGACUUUAGAACUGAGUUACAAUCAGGCUACAGUGCAGCAGAGACAGAAUGGUCGUCUCAGAAAUCUUCUCGUAAACCAACGUCAUCUCGACCAGUUGACGUGGACAAUGACGACGAUGAUGUCACAGUGACAUCACAAUCUACGGAACCAAGAAAAGAAAUGGAAACUAACAAAGAGGUAAAAGUGAAACCCGUUCGAUCAUUAUCUUCUCAACUUGCUGGGUCAAGGAAGAAUCCAUUUAAGAAGUCCGUCUCUUCCGUGACGUCAUCCACAAAACCAACCACCUCUGCAGCAUCACCUAGCGGCAGUGUGUUGGACGGAAUAAAACGUGCCACACCAAUUCACCAAAGUAAGAAGCAAACAGAAGGUGCUAAGGGAUCAAAAAGCAAAGAGAAAAAAAGCGGCCAAUCAACUUUAUUCUCAACCAAACUAAACCUCACUUCAACUCCUAAACCAAAGAAGACUUCCCAGAGGAGUAAAAUGGAUGUAAAUGAGGAGGAAGAGGUUCAGAUCCUCCAGGAGAAACCAGCAGCUACCGAUAAUGAAGUCCCGAGAGUCAUUUCUGGCGUCCAACUUUUCCUGGAAGAACAUCUUCAAUCGAUAGAGGAGCAACAUCCGGACUUGGACGGGAUUGAAGUUCGUAAAAUUGGAAUUAAACAAUUCCGUGCCCUUCCUGCUGAAGAAAAACAGACUUGGAAUUCUCGAGCAAAAUCAAGCAAGGUCACAGCUAGCAAACGUAAGCACGAGGUGGACGAAAACGACCCACCAAAUUGUGAUGACGUCAUUUUAUCCACAAAUCCAGCCAAAAACCUUCGACUUGAUCUGGACGAAUCUACCGACGCGGAAAGCGGCGACGCUCGCGCCAAACUCUCAGCUUUCGCAUAUUCAUCCGCAGAGUGAUAAAAAAAUGUUUCAAAAAAUAAUUUUAUUCAUCUUUUUCUAUCGGUUUUUGACAAAGUGAAAUUAACACGGCAAUAUUUGCUGCGAUAACAAUACACCAUUCUUCUAUUAAUCAAUUAUUCCUGUGUCGGUUUCUGGUUUAGUUCCUGUAGGUUUAUACCAAGUAUAGUAAUACAACCGUGUGAAUAUUUCCCAAUUACUUCUCCAGUUCUCCUUUGCGUAUUGGAAGAAAAUAAAUCUUUUAUUCUA